CGAGCGCCAUCACCCCGCCAGGCCCCCGCUGCUCUCCUCCCUGCCGCUCGGCCGUGCGCGGGGGGCUGCCCCCGAACCUGACCGCUCCCCCCCCACCUCUCGCAGGAGAGCGGGAGGCUGGGGCCCGCCUGCCUCCGCCGGGACGGGAGGCUCCCCUGAGCGCUCCCCGGGCCCCAGCAUCACCUGGGCGGGCAGCAGAACCGGAGGUGCCGUGUCGAGGCGGCCGGGAGAGGCGCAGUAAAGUUGUCCCGUACUCUGGCCGGGACAGGAGAGUGCUGGCAGGCUGCUCCGCCCUGCGCUUUCCCCGCCUCGGCUGCUCGGGGGAAACGCCAGCCCGCAGCCGGUGUAGCAGCCUCAGGAAGCGAAGGGUUUGGAGCUGUCAGCUGCUGCGACGUCCCCCCUCCGCGCUGGGUCUCUUAGUUAUCUCUGCUGCCAGUUGUACUAGUUCCUGGGACUUUCUCCACAAUCUUAAAAGGACGUCAGAGCUUGUAACUUUUGAGCACAAGAGCCCAGUGACAAGGGUGUCUUGCUGUUGCAAACAGGGUUAAGUCAACGCAGAAAAGGCUUGUUCACCUUGUGCAGUUCCUUUCUAGGAUCCCAGGGACAAAACUGUGUGGUGGCCUUAUUUCUGUCAGAAUCAGUUGUCGCUUCCAUCCUGUAGGGAGGUACAUUGUAGUAAUAUGUGUGUGCCAGAGCCUGCUACAGACUACCUUAGUUGCCUUCUGUCACUGCCUUCUAUUUUUUUUUUUCCUAACUGGCUGAUCUCUUUAACUGUAUACCUUUUGCUGCCAUGGGUUUGGUGUACGUGGUGCUAUCUCCCACUCUAACGUCUCCUGAAAACUUCAUUUGGUUUGCUUGUAAUUAUGUGAUCCAGAAGUCAGCAUAGCUGUUGUUUCCUCCUUGUUUUCUGUCAUCCCUCCUCUUCAUGCUUCCAGCUGAAGCUGUUCCAGAGUCCUGGACUUUCUUGCCCUCUAUACACAGAGAAGGAAAGAGGAAAUGUCUCUGUGUACAUGGAAACCUUUUUCUUUUUGAUGGCUAUUUUACACUAUGGUACUGUAUUAAAACAAAUGUUACGAAGAUGUCUUGUAAGAUAGUAAAGAACACAAAUCCAACCUAUAGUAUCUAUUGAUCGUGCCUUAAUGAGCUGGACAAGAUUUUUGUACAGGAUGCCAGUAUUGAUCUGUGCUUUGUCUUGGACGUGACUGCUGUGGAAGAGGGCCAGGGAGGAUGCCAAGGACUGCAUCACUGAUUCUUGACAGCCAGGAACCUGACCAAAACUCUGGCAAAGAGCGAAGAGUGCUUUUCUCCAACAAACUCCCAUUUGUGGUGUCAGUCUGUCUUCCAUUCCUAGAAAUCUGGAGGUGCUCUGGAGGUGGUAGGAAACCUGAGUUUGCUAUACCCUCAUGGCUCCUAGUGAUAACUGCUCAGUGCCUGACAAAGUGGAAAGAACAAAAGUGAACAUUUUUGACUUUGUGAAAGCCUCUUAAAAACAUGCAUUCGUAGUGCUGGUAUGGAGGGCUUGCUCAAAGAUGAGAAGCAAAAAAAAAGCAGAGGAGCCAGAAUGGACGGCUUCUCUUUGACCAAGGAGAUGGCAGAGGACAGGCUCUCUCCAUCCAGGAAGUUAAAGAGAUCUUCAAAACAGCAUGUCAUGUCUUGCAGUGGCCCAGGAAACUACACAACUGGCUGAGGCUGCAACUGCAGAAACAGUUGUCAGAAACACUGAGUGGUAUUGGAAGGUGUGAUCCAUGAAAGCGGCUGUUUUAUCUACAGAUACUUCUCUUGAUGUCCUACUAUGUCAUAUGAGCUUCAUCAGCUGUGGAGUAAACUUUGGAGGCAGUCUGCUACUGGAACACCCUUCAGGAGCACCUUUGCAUGGCAGUGAAAGCAGCAGUGUGGGGGAACAGUGUUGUGGGCUGAUGUGAGAGAGCCUGUGCUGUUUGAGGCCCCCAGCCCUCCUGCCUGGCAACGUGAUGAAAGGGUACAAUGAGCUGCUGACUGCCUUGGUACUUGUUACAACACCUUGCCUGCUCACACUGCUGAAGCACUUGGACUCAGAAAAACAAAGCUGGUGAUGAGACUUGAAGAAACUGAAGUUAAUUUGUCCUGUGCUGGUGGCCCCUGCUAUUUUAUUGAUCUUUGUGUGUGUUACAGCCUGUUUAAUAGAUAUUCCUGAAUAUCUGGCUUGUGCUGGUGCACUGUCCUAAAGAGUGAGCUUGUCUGCUGUGCAUCCAGGUAUUCCUGAAAGUACUUGCAGGGCAAAAUGAACCCUACACAUCAAAACACAGCCAUACAUUCCUGCCGGGAUUGAGCCUCUCAACAGUUGCUGAUUUCACUGUCAGUGCAUUUACAUCCAGUGGUUUCCCUCAAGAAGAAAAUGAAACUAAAAAGAAAACAGAACUGAAAGAAAAACUAAUAAAAGCAAAACUCAUUAUUUUAUAGCAUGAAAUAGAAGGACUGUGACCUUGCAGAGCAGAGUGCUUUGGUACACUUUGCAGAACCAUGCCAAGUAGUUGUAAGGCUUAGGUAGGGCAUGUGUCCAAAAGGGGCACGUGAAGGUGAUUGUAUCUCUUAUAGGUGUCUGGCCCUUGCAGACAAAUCCCUGCUGUCUAGGACCCUUAACAUCUGUGGAAAAAGUUGCUUUGGCAGCCUUAAAACCUUCUAACCAGCACCUGCUGUCUGUGCUUCAGUGUCCCAGCACGCGUCACUAUGGUUUUGGAAGCUGCUUAAACGUUAUUUGUGGGGGGUUGGGUUCUUUUACAUUCUAGAUUUCCAAAAAAGGCAUUCAUCAAGUGUGUAAUGGUGGUGGUAAAGAUAGCUUCUCCUUGAAAACACGUUGUGUUAACUGUGCUAAGCAAGCCAGGCUGUUAGGGAAUGUUGGGCAGACUUGAGGAUGUUAUUGUCAACUGCUCUAAACCAUGUGUUUUAGUCAAACAUCUAAUUUAGCAUAGCUUUCAGUCUCAGUGCUUAGUGAAGGGAAGUGCUUCUUUCUGGGUAUGAUUUUGGGACGUGUAUGUAGGGAGAGCUGUGGAUGUCACUGAGUGUUGGCACAGGUGUGCUAUCCUUAGGGCUCUUGGUGGGUGUUGGCCUUUAAUAACUGUUACUAAGAGUGCCUUUUUCACAGAAAUGUAAAUCUCAAUUGCAACAGCUAUCAGGCUGCUGUACUGGGAUGCUCAGCCACCAACAGAUUUGUAACCAUGGAGGCAGCCAGAGAGCAGAUAGAGUGGCUGAUGGAGGUCUCCUUGGUCUGUCACUGCCAUGUCACCAUUGUGGCUGCUCUGUGCAAGUGUUCUCAGCUGUACUGUGUGAGCAGUGCAGGUUUCUGCCAGAAAUGGUGCUAUUCCAUUCUAGGAAAAUCAUUCCUGAAGCACUCUCUUGUCCUCAUUUCCUGCUUUAUUUCUGUUUUAUUUUUUCAUUCUCUUGAUGUUGCUGCAGGGAAGGGCAAAGGAAGUUUGAUUAUUACAAUGGCUGCAGUCAAAGUUUGUUGGUAGCACAGCUGCUGGCCUGCAAAACUGCAGCUCUCCACUGCUGAAACCUCCAGAUGUGCUCAUACAAAUUGCUUUGCAUGUCUGCCCCUCAGCACCGUUGUGUAAAGUACCUAAAAUUUGAAAAUAAUGUUUAUUCAUGUUCUCUCCUUUCCUUCUGCCCCCUCAGAAAACAGAAGGGGACAUCAAAUAUGUGAAAGACUUAAAAGAUGCUCUGGAUUUUGGUGCCCAGGUGUUCUCUGCACUGGUGAUGGUGAGUCCAACUUCAGAGCAGUAUGACAGUUUGCUCCAGCAGAUGUCAGAGAGGAUUGAUGAGGGAUGUGGGGAGACCAUCUAUGUCAUUGGACAAGGAUCAGAUGGGACUGAGUACGGGCUGAGUGAGGCAGACAUGGAGGCGUCCUAUGCCACGUUGAAGAGCAUGGCAGAGCAGAUUGAGGCAGAUGUGAUCCUCCUGAGGGAGCACCAGGAGGCCGGGGGCAAGGUGCGCGACUACCUCGUUCGGAAACGUGUGGGUGACAACGACUUCCUGGAGGUCAGGGUAGCAGUGGUUGGCAAUGUGGACGCAGGGAAGAGCACCUUGCUGGGUGUCUUGACUCACGGCGAGUUAGACAAUGGCCGGGGCUUUGCUCGGCAAAAGCUCUUCCGCCACAAGCAUGAGAUUGAGUCAGGUCGCACCAGCAGUGUGGGCAAUGACAUUCUGGGCUUUGACAGCGAGGGCAACGUGGUGAACAAACCUGACAGCCACGGUGGCAGCUUGGAAUGGACAAAGAUCUGUGAGAAAUCCACCAAGGUCAUUACUUUCAUUGAUCUGGCUGGUCACGAAAAAUACCUGAAAACCACCGUGUUUGGCAUGACCGGCCACUUACCUGACUUCUGCAUGCUUAUGGUUGGGAGUAACGCUGGGAUUGUUGGAAUGACCAAGGAGCACUUAGGCCUGGCGCUUGCACUUAACGUUCCUGUCUUUGUUGUGGUGACCAAGAUUGACAUGUGCCCUGCCAACAUCCUGCAAGAAACCCUGAAGCUGUUACAGCGACUGCUGAAGUCCCCAGGGUGCAGGAAGAUUCCCGUGCUGGUUCAGAGCAAGGAUGAUGUCAUUGUAACAGCCUCCAACUUCAGCUCAGAGAGGAUGUGCCCAAUUUUCCAGAUUUCAAAUGUUACUGGGGAGAAUCUAGAUUUGCUGAAGAUGUUUCUUAAUCUCUUGUCUCCACGGACCAGUUACAGGGAAGAAGAGCCAGCAGAAUUCCAGAUAGAUGAUACUUACUCUGUCCCGGGUGUAGGAACAGUUGUCUCUGGGACGACACUGAGAGGCCUAAUCAAGCUAAAUGACACCCUGCUGCUGGGACCAGAUCCCCUUGGCAACUUCCUCCCUAUUGCUGUCAAGUCCAUCCACCGCAAGAGGAUGCCCGUCAAGGAGGUGCGGGGAGGCCAGACUGCCUCCUUUGCCUUGAAGAAGAUCAAGCGUUCUUCCAUACGGAAAGGCAUGGUAAUGGUAUCACCACGCCUGAAUCCACAAGCAUCGUGGGAGUUUGAAGCAGAGAUUCUGGUGCUCCAUCACCCCACCACCAUCAGCCCACGAUACCAGGCCAUGGUGCAUUGUGGCAGCAUCCGUCAGACGGCCACGAUUCUCAGCAUGGACAAGGACUGCCUGCGGACAGGGGACAAAGCCACGGUGCACUUCCGCUUCAUCAAAACCCCGGAAUAUUUACAUAUAGACCAGCGGCUGGUCUUCCGGGAAGGCCGCACCAAAGCUGUGGGUACCAUCACUAAGCUACUCCAGACCACCAAUAACUCACCAAUGAACUCCAAGCCACAGCAGAUCAAGAUGCAGUCAACAAAGAAGGGAGCUGUUACGAAACGAGAGGAUGGUGUUCCUGCUGCUGGGAUGGCAGCUGGAGGCCCAGCAGCUGGGAAUGAGGCCCCCUCAACAGCUGCAGCACCACUGACACCUACUGCCCUGCAACCAUUGCCUGCAUUGGAUGAAGAGCCCCACAUCCGUGAGGGCAAUAAGGUAUUUGGCUGCUCUCAAAGAGAAACAGUGGGUUUGCUGAGGUUGGGAAAAGAGUCAGGUGAGCCUGAGAGCCAUGGUAGGGGGUGGGGGGCUCUCCUUCAAUUCUGUACAAAGUCAAGGGAGCCUGAGGCUUUGAUUUCCUGAAUGCUGAGCCCCAUGGCACUUGCUGGCUCUCAUUAGAGUGAAGCAUUUAGAAACUUGGGAAAUCAAAUUCUUCCCAGCUUGAAGGGCAACACUUCCUGGUGCAUCUGUCUCUCCUCCUUCCCUCAUGGUGUGUCUGUCUCCCUCCUGCCUUAUCUCCUUCCUGCAGUGGUAGAAAGCUGAUCAGUCACAGCUGCCCUGCUGCUGUCUGAAUGUGUGUGUGAUCCAUCUGAAUUCCUGCUGUUUUGAUAUCCCAACAGAGGGGUUGCUUUGCACUAAAGUCAGUCUUGUUUUUCAGUCAAAAGUCGGAGGAGGAGGCCGUCGACGUGGGGGUCAGCGCCAUAAAGUGAAAUCUCAGGGAGCCUGUGUGACUCCUGCCAGUGGCUGCUGAAUUUCUUAUUUCUCCUCCCUCUGAAGAAAUCCUCCCCAUCCCUUCAUUUCUUAUCCAAAACAUCCAGAGCAGCGUAAACCAAAACCCAUCCCAGCAGAUUGGCUGCAGAAGAAUCGUCCCUCCUCCCUGCAGGAAGCAAUGGAGAGGAGUAUAAUUUAUAAGCUAAUGAAGGUGGUAAGACAGAACUGAGUAACUGACACCUUCCUCCUCCCCGUCGACACAUUUUUGUACAUCAUGGGCUUAGUUUUUAUUCUUAUUAGUUUUUAUUAUAUUUUGUGUGCAUGAAGAUGAGAGGGGAGUUUGGAUAGAGCUGCAAAGAGCCAGUUAGUUGCCUCCCUCCUCCCUCACCCCUUUCUGUCCACAGGACUUGCUGCUCUCCCCUAUUUGCUGUCUCAGAUCCAGGGGUUAUCAGAUGCCUGAAAUUUCAGACUUGCAUAGGUUAAAACAGGUUGUUUAGGAUGGCUCCAUGGAGCAUUGUUUCAUCACCACUGAGGCCUUGUGCCAAACAUGGUUUGGAUUCUCUCCCUCUUAAACUAUUUCUAAGUGGAUUUAAUUUAAUGUUGCAAUGACUGAAGUUUGAAGGAGAUGGUGAGAAAGUUCUUUAGUUAGAGAUCUAAGAGGGAAACAAAUUGGAAAGCAGUUGAUGUUAAGUUCAGGGAUCCUAUGCUCAAUAUCCUCAAAUAAUGUUGAAAGCACUUAAAAUUUUAACUAGCAACAGAGUUAAAUGGGCAGGCAUUUACCCACCCAGUUCCCCUUCCCACCGUGCUGCUUUUCCUAGUGUUUAUUCAGUGCACAUUGGAGCACAUCUAACCUGCCUCCCAAGGCUUCAGCAGCUCCACUGACAGUAUUAAGAACAGUGCAGGAGCACUCAGUCCGUCCCUUGAGCCAGAGAAAGCCUUCUCACCUCGACGGACAGAGGUCACAGGUGGUAAGAUACCUUUGGAACAGAGACAUCAGGCUAACAUGACCUCCCCUUGAUUUUGUUUACUCCAAGAUAUCCAAAACCUUUUUGGAACUCACUGGCCAAACUUUGCCAUGGCAGAUGCAGGAUUUGUCUUCCCCCCUCUUGGCCAAAGAGGGCAGUGACAAAUUGGUACCAAAUUUAUAGAAGUGCUUUCAACGUUGGAAGUACAUGGUAAUUUUUCUGACUUUCACUGAAUUUUUUUUAAGAUUUUAUUUUUCUUACUGAGAAAUUCUGGCUUCUCCAAGAAGGCCCUGCAAGGACAGUUUACAAAUUACUGUUAGAAUGGUUUUUUUAACCAUUUAAUGAGUUUUUCAAGUGAUUGAUUCCCUGCUUAUUUUGAUCUCUUUUCUUCUAACCCUGCCUCCUCCCUUGGCUCUGGUGAGGACAGGAAUGAUCCUCUGCCAGUUUAUGGUGAGCUCUGGGAGCAUGGUAGCAUUUUGAGGAGGAGGCGGCAGCCUCAGCAAAUCAUGGCUCCCCCCAGCAGGCGUGGUCAGGCUCGGUUUCUCUGAGGGCUUCCUCCUCCAAUGAAGGACUUCUGUUUUAAUCAGAGAGACACUGCAAAUUUUCUCUCCCUCCUUAAUGGGUUGUUCCUGUUCCUCACUCUGUGUCACCUGUGUGGAGUUCAUUGCAGCUUACCUUGUGACCCGGGGUAGGCUUCCAGGCCGGCUGAGUGGCAGAGCGCAUCUCCCGCUGCCAACACCAGCACUCCAAGAGCAUUAAGCGGCAUGGGAGAGGUGAAACAUGGUUUGGAGACCAGGGUCCUUUGCCUUAGAGACUGCAGUGGGUGGAAGGGGGAGGUCAGACAGUCCUUUUCCAAGCUAUGUGCCUAAAUACCAGCACUCUCCUGGCGAGGGAGGAACUAUAGGCGGCUACAACACUAAUAGCACCCGCAUUGUGAGGGGGUGUGAGGUGUGGCUAAGCAGGGCACGAGGGCCUGGCUUGUUUGUCUUAUGGCCCUGUAGCAGCAUCAAACUGCAUCUGAUUUCACUGCACUCUGCUUCUGAGGGGAGCAGGGAGCUCCAGGCGGUUUUCUCUUUCUCCAUUCCUUGUGCUCCAAAUGAAGGAGACGGCCGAGACUGAAAGAAGGUUCACUUCAAUUUGUGCAAAGGAGGUGGUGUGAUCUCUCUUUUGUGACCAGCAUUUACAGAUCACUCAGGCUGGUGUGAUCUAUAAAAUAAAUUUUAAAAAAGUUUGUUCCAAGUAAAA